AUGGCUGAAGUCCCAGAAUAUUACGAUUCAGGCUCGGAUGAAGGAGACCUGGAGUAUGAGGACCUCAAACUGCCUAGGUCACUUAAAAUGGCUCAAGAUGGCGAAGUUGACACCACGGCAGAAGUAGGCCUGGAGCUACAGAUUGACCAGGAGCCACAACCAGAGGCGGAGGAAGAGGACCUCAAAUUGGGGGCGCCAGAGAAUGUAUACCUACACCUAAAACCGACCAGCAUGUCUGAGGAAGAGAUUCCCAGGGAGUCAGAGAUAGACCUUUCUAGCAAGACUGAACCAGGGAUGUCCCGGGAGGCACAGUCAGAAACACUCAGAGAGAUGGAAGAGCUCUUCCAGGAUUUGGAUGUCCUUAUGCAUGAUAAGGAAGAACCAGGCUUAGAGUCACCAGAGGAGACCAAACUAGAUCUUAGAGAGGAUGUACUCAUAGAGUUGGCUGAGGAAACAGAUCUGGAGCUACCAAAGGAGACCAAAGGGGCCUCAAUUAGUGAGACUAAUUUAGAGUUACCAGAAGAGACCAAAUUGGAAGUUCUGGAGGGUUCACUUAGAGCACAAUAUGAAGAAACAGGUCUAGAAACUUCAGAGCAGACCAAACCUGAAUUUCCGAGUGAGAAACCAGGAAAAUCAAUUGAAGAGGCAGAUCUACAACCGCCAGAAGUGACCACACCAGAGAUUCCAAAGGAAGCACAGAGAGAGUCACCUAGGGAGGAAAGGACCGAACCAUCUGAGCAGGCGAAACCAGAGUUGCCAGGAGGGAAACCAAGAGAAACUGAAGAGUCAGGUCUGGAGCCCACAGAAGAGACUAAAACCGAGGCUCCACAGGAAAUACAAAGAAAAGCAACUGAGGAGAAAGAGACAGACCCACCUCAACAGACUAAAGCAGAGUUUCCAAAGGAGAAACUAAGAAAUUCUACUGAGGAGGCAGGUCCACAGCCCCCAGAAGAGACUAAAUCAGAGAUUCCAGAGGAGGACGGAAGAAAAUCAACUGAGGAGAAACAGACAGAGCCACCUCAGCAAACUAAAUCAAAGUUUCUAGACCAGAUACCAACUAAGUCUAGUGAAGAGACACAAAGGAAAUCAACUGAGGAGAAAGUUCUAGAGCCACUAGAAGUGACCAAAUCAGAAUUUCCUGAGGAAAAAUCAAGAAAAUCAAUCAAGGAAACAGGUCUAGAGCCAUCAGGAAAGACAAAACCAGAAGUUCAAGAAGAGAUACUGAGAGAAUCAACUGUGAAGAAAGUUUUAGAACCACUAGAGGACACUAAAUCAUCAGGUCAAAAUGAUAAGCAGAGAAAAUCUACUGAGGAGAUAGGACUAGCACCACCACAGAAGAUCAAAUCAGAGGAGACAGUAAGAGAGUCAACAGAGAAGAAAGGUCUAGAGCCACCAGAACAGACUAAACCAAAGUUUCCAAAGGAAGAACCAAGAAAAUCAACUGAGGAAACAGGUCAAGUGCUGCCACAGAAGACCAAACCAGAGGUUCAAGAGAAGACACAAACAGAGGAAGCUACAGAGAAAGAUCUAGAGUUACCUGAUAAAGCCAAACUACCACUAAGAAAAGAGACACAUGUAGAAUUUUCCAAGGAAGAUUGGCCAGAACUAGUUAAAUUUAAGCAGUCUGUAGACAAGGAUCAGCUAGAGUACUCUGACUAUCAAACAAGAACGUGGUCGGUAAAAGAAACCAAGAAAGCUAAAAGAGAUUCUAUGUUUGGGUCUCCCACAAUAAGUGAAAUAGACUCAAUAAGUACAAGUUAUGAGUUCUCCAAAGAACAUAAUGGACUGUUUGAGAUUACUGAUACCAGUAGUGACUUCUACGCAUAUGUCUCAGAUUAUCAGAGGGAUUUGGGGGAGCCUUUUGGUGAAAUAGUUGAAGAUUUGUCCCCAGAGUUGAAGGAACUGGCACACAAAGAUGAAGAAACCUCGCCAAAAGAAAGUAUAGAGCUACAAUUUGAGUAUCUUAAAUGGAGCCCAGAGAAAGUUGCAGAGUGGAUUAGCAAGCUAGGCUUUCCUCAGUACAAGGAGUGUUUUACCACAAACUUCAUCAGUGGCCGAAAACUCAUUCAUGUAAACUGCUCAAACCUCCCUCAGAUGGGGAUAACAGAUUUUGAGGACAUGAAGGUAAUUUCUCGGCAUACACGGGAGCUACUGGGAAUUGAAGAGCCAUUAUUCAGACGCACCAUCACCCUUCCCUACAGGGACAAUAUAGGCUUAUUUUUAGAGCAAAAAGGUCAUACUGGGGUAAAAUCUGAUUCCUUGACCUUAUCUGAAUUUGUGCAAGCAGCAGGAUUACAGGACUAUGCUCCAAAAGUAACUGCCCCUGAAAAGAAUGAAGCAUUGUAUUACACUGAACCGUAG